AUGAUGUAUCAAGAAAUGAUAGAUUAAUUUAGUUAAAUGCCAGAAUCAUAAAUGGGUUCAUUAAGAAUGAGACCUUCCCAAUUAAGAAUAGAAAUGACAGAUGAUUAAUAACUUUCAACAAGACGGAGGAAUUUCAUGUCUCCUACUGCUCUGCCAUUAUUUAGAGAAUUGUAAAAACAAUAAGUUUCUUAUAUAGAUAAUAACAAACAACUAGACAAAAUCUAUAAUAGCCUAUAGCUCCCUUAUAAAUAAAAGUAAAAUAACUUAUUUUAUUAAUUAGCCAAUAUCAAGCCAAUCUUAGAUCACAAAAUCUUUGCUAUUUAAUUUAUUUUUAUAAGGUUUCUUUAUGAACUAUUAUGGAUAUCUAUUUUGGUAAUACAGUUUUCGCUAUGUUUUACUUUAAUUAUGGAUUUAAGAUUUACUAACAAUGUUCAUAUUGAUUUAUUUUAAUUAUCGUAAAGGAGAGGAAUGUAUUUGGUAACUCAUAGAAGCUAUGUUUCUAUUUUUCUUAAAAGUAUAACUUUCAUUUUAAAACAGGUUUUUAUAGUAUUUUAUUAUGAAAUACAAAAAUUCAAGAUUUACUUUAUUACUAUAAUGAUGAUUUCACUAUCCAUCCUAGUAUUGUUUAUGCGAGUAAUUCAAAAGUUGAAAUUUCAAUUAUAAAACAAUCAACAAAUUGUAAGUAUUAGAUUUAUCAGCAAGAUUGUGUAAUUUAUAAAAACUUUAUUCUGUGUUUAGAUGACACUAAUAGCCUUAAAAUGGGAAGAUAAAAUUGAAUGGGUUUGGUCAUAAAUCUUUAUAAUCUUAUGGGUAUUUCUUGUAGUCUUUGCACUAAUAUUAUUUAUAUCAUUUAUAGGAUGCAUUGAAACAUUCAUAAAUCUUCUCAAAAAAUAAACAAACCAUAAUUAUUGUAUUCCUCAUAUUUAUUAUAGUGAUAGGAAACAUAUGGAUUUUUAUCAAUAUCAUAGGUUACACAUUAUUACCAUUUACAUUUCUUUAUAGAUUGACCCAAUUAUACGAUAAUUAGAAAGAAUUAGGAGAGGAUGAAACAGUUUAGCUUAUAGUUUUAAGUGGAAUCUAUAUGAUAUUUUUAAGCGUUUAUACUACAUUUUUUCUAAAUAAUAUAAGGUAUAUAAAUCAUAUAAAUUAAUAUUAGAAUAUUCUUAAAAGAACUGUAAGGAUUUGAGUAAUACUCUACAAGAAUGCCUAAUUAACCAAUUUAAAAUUAGUAAGAAUAAGAAUAAAGAAUUGACAAUAUACCUGAUUCUAUUGAAACUUUAUCAAAAAAAAAGAGAAAAAAGCCAUUCAGAUUUGUUAAACUAAAUGCACCUUUAUACUUAAUAAAAAUGUCAUGCACUUUUUUUGCUAUUUUCGAUAAGUUACAUUUUGAUUAAGAAAAUGUUAAACAGACUGAAUAACAGAUUACUCAGAGAGCAUUAGGAUAAUAAACAUCUAAUAGAAUGGAAUUUUAAAAGGAAAUCAAAGCCAAUAGUAAUUCAUUAGAUGAUAAGACCAAUAAUUUAGGGAUAUUAGAAAAAUAAAAAGAAAACAUUCAAGAAUAGGCUAAAGAAAUAAUAUUACCUAAAAAGAUCUAAUAAGAAGAACCUAAAAAAUCAUGCAAAUCUUAAAAUUCUUUACAUGAGGAUUAAUAAUCUACAUAAGAUAAAUGUUUGAUUUGUUAUGAAAAUUAACCUAAUAUUUUAUUUGUUCCAUGUAGACAUGGAGGAAUUUGUGAAAAAUGUGCAGAAGAUAUUAUGGUUAAAUCCAAUCAAUGCUAUUUGUGUAGAAAAGUAAUUAUUUUAUUUAAUUUAGGAUAUCAAAUAAAUUUUGAAGAUAAAUACAGAAGGAGGAAAAUUGAUUGUUAAUGAGAUUAGUAACAUUAAGCAAAAAAGAUAAAUUUAAAUAUGA